CUGCAUAAACACAGAGCUUAAAACUUGCACGGCUUGAGGAGUGGAUACAAAGGAAUCUGGAGCUCGCAUGAAGGAUCACAUUGUUUCUCUGCAUCGAUUCGCACCGAACGGAAUUGAUAUCAAUCUGAGACGGCGCGGGCUGAUAUUUCUCUGAUUCGGCUUCAGGAUGAUGAAGUUUAGGUUCAGACGGCAGGGAAACGACCCUCAUCGAGAGAAAAUCAAGCAGGAUCUGUUUGCAUUCAGUAAGACAGUUGAACAUGGAUUCCCAAACCAGCCAAGUGCUUUGGCCUAUGAUCCCAAACUGCAGCUUAUGGCCAUUGGAACUAAAUCUGGGGCCAUCAAAAUAUAUGGUGCUCCUGGGGUGGAAAUGACUGGACUUCAUAAAGACACUGCUGCCGUCACUCAGAUACAUUUCCUCUAUGGACAGGGGAGGAUACUUUCUUUGUUGGAUGAUAACACCAUUCAUCUUUGGGAGAUUGUGCAGAGAGAAAACCGCUCACAUUUAGCAGAGGUUCAUAGCUUCAACCUGCCUGGCAGGCCAGGAAUCGAGAGCACCGGUGCGACACAUGUGACCGUCAUGCUGUUGAAGCUGAGCUGUGAUCUUCUUGCUCUGGGCACUGAAGGUGGCGGGGUACACUUUCUGGAACUGCCCACCCUCACCUUACUGAACAAGUCUCUGUUCCAGGAUGAGAUCACGCAGAGUGUUCCAGAGGAGUACAAGUGUGGAAAAUCAUUGGGGCCUGUGGAGUCCCUGCAGGAACAUCCGCAAGACCCUGAUAAAAUCCUCAUUGGUUACAGCAGAGGUCUGGUUGUACUCUGGGAGCUCAACAGUCGGCAUGUAGUCAACCUCUUCCUGGGAAAGCAGCAGCUGGAGAGUUUGGUCUGGGAACGGUCCGGGAACAGCUUUGUUAGUUCCCAUAGUGAUGGCGGAUACAUGGUGUGGACUGUCAGCAGCAGCAAUCCCUGCACUCUUGACCCCGUCUCAUCCACAAUACCAUAUGGCCCCUUUCCCUGCAAAGCUGUGAACAAGAUCCUGUGGAGGACAACAGAGUCACGAGCUCCUCUAGUGUUGUUUAGUGGCGGUAUGCCCAGAGCCAGCUAUGGAGACAGACACUGCUUGACCAUCCUCCAGGACAGCAGCCACGUCACCCUGGACUUCACCUCGCGUGUCAUAGACUUCUUCACCAUUCACUGCACCGACAAAGACAAGGAAUUUGAUGACCCAUCAGCGCUUGUGGUUCUUUUGGAAGAGGAGUUGGUAGUGAUUGAUCUUCAGAUGGCUGGCUGGCCCACUGCCCCUGCUCCCUAUCUGGCUCCUCUGCACUCCUCUGCCAUCACCUGUUCAUGUCACAUCUCAAAUGUGCCUCCCAAACUGUGGGAGAGAGUGAUCUGUGCGGGCCAGCAGCAGUGUCCUCUGCAGAACUAUGAGAAUUGGCCAAUAUGUGGAGGGAAAAACUUAGCACCUGAUCCAAAGCAGAAAGAACUGCUGUUAACUGGUCAUGAGGAUGGUACAGUGCGUUUCUGGGAUGCGUCAGGAGUGUCGCUCAGACCGCUGUACAAGCUGAGCACAGCCAACAUCUUUCAGACGGACUGUGACCACAACGACAGCCUGACGCAGGCCGGGGAGGAGGAAUGGCCUCCUUUUAGAAAGGUGGGCUGUUUUGAUCCAUAUAGUGAUGAUCCCAGACUAGGAAUCCAGAAGAUCAGCAUCUGUAAAUACAGCGGAAAACUUGUGGUGGCUGGAACUGCCGGACAAGUUAUAGUUAUGGUUCUUAGCGAUGAGAAGUCAGAUCACAUGAUUGAUGUAGCCACGGUGGACCUGCUCCAGGACCGAGAGGGUUUCACGUGGAAGGGUCAUGACCGGCUGCCUCCUAAGAGCGGCUCAGUAGUGUUUGCUCCUGGAUUCCAGCCGGUUGUCCUGGUGCAGUGCAUGCCCCCCGCGGCCGUUACUGCAGUAACCCUGCACGCAGAGUGGAACCUCAUUGCCUUUGGCACCAGUCAUGGCUUUGGCCUCUUUGACUACCAUCGGCGAAGUCCAGUGCUGGCGAGGUGCACCCUACACCCCAAUGACUCUCUGGCUAUGGAGGGUCCGCUGUCUCGAGUGAAGUCUCUGAAGAAAUCCCUGCGCCAGUCCUUCAGAAGAAUCCGGAAGAGCAGAGUCUCAGGAAAGAAGCGUGCUGUGGUUUAUAGUCCCACUAAUAAAGUGAAGGAGGCUAACGCUCAGCUGGCGGAGCACGGCGCUGAGGUGACACCGGUGCAGAGACGGAUUGAGCCCCGCUCUGCCGACGACUCUCUGUCUGGAGUGGUGCGCUGCCUAUGCUUCGCUGACACUUUCCUCAGAGAUGGAACGCAUCAUGGUCCUACAAUGUGGGCCGGCACGAACUCUGGCUCCGUGUACGCAUACGCUCUGGACGUCCCCUCGCAGGAGAAGUUCUCUGAGCAGAGCGUGGAGGCGCUGCUGGGGAAGGAGAUCCAGCUCAUGCACAGAGCUCCAGUGGUGUCCAUCGCUGUGCUGGAUGGCCGAGGGAACCCUCUGCCGGAGCCGUACGAAGUCUCCAGAGAUCUGGCCAAGGCCCCAGACAUGCAGGGCAGCCACUCUGUUCUUAUUGCUUCUGAGGAGCAGUUUAAGGUUUUCAUGCUGCCCAAAGUAAGCGCGAAGACCAAGUUCAAGUUGACCGCCCAUGAAGGCUGUCGAGUACGAAAGGUGGCGCUGUCGAACUUCACCAGCGUCAGCUCUGAAGAGUACUCUGAGAACGCUCUCGUGUGCCUUACCAAUCUGGGUGACAUCCACGUGUUCAGUGUGCCAGCACUGAGACCGCAAGUACACUACGACUGCAUCCGCAAAGAAGACAUCAGUGGCAUUGCUUCCUGUGUAUUCACCAAGACAGGACAAGGAUUCUACCUGAUUUCGCCCUCGGAGUACUACGAGCGCUUCUCGCUGUCAGCUCGUGUGAUCACAGAGCCACUGUGCCGAGUGGAUGUGGAGCGACCUCACGAUCUCUCUGCUCACAGCACGACGCUCCCACCACAGGCUAAUGGAACACACAAGACACAAGCAGAGAGCAAGGCUGUUGAAACUGAAGGGCUCUUGUAUGAAAUGCGGAGUGCCUUGUCCUCGUCUGUCCUGGAUUCUCCAAACAGCAGUGCUGACAUCACUCUGGACACCACUGGCGAGCUCACCGUUGAGGACGUCAAAGACUUCUUAAUGACUGUGGAUGAAGCUGAGAAUAACUUCAGGAACAUCACUGAAGAAGAUGGGAGGCCUUCUGGAAUUCUCAUCAACUGAGGUGAGCCGGCAGACAGCUGGAGGUGAGGAACAUUUACAGCAUAAGCAGACUGUGGUCUGUGAAGAGCAGACAGGGGAUUGGUUACUGGAUGCAGGAGGAGGUGUGCCUGACUGACUGAGGAAAUGUGCAGAUCUGUUCUAGACAAAAAUGAUUUGGGAUGUGCACUUUUUGUUAGUCUAUUUAGUGUUGAGGAGGAACAAAAAGUACUUUUGGUAUGCUACCACACUACAUUUAUCAGUAGUGUGACAAUAGUUCAGUUGUUUUCAAGCAAGUAGCAGUAUAGUGUAAAUAGUUUUUUAAAUGAAUAAUAAACAACAUCUUACAAUAUCAAGAACGGCUACAAGACAAUAAAACCUCCCAAAAUCGGAAGAUAAUUUAGAAUUCUACAGUAAAAAUAACUUUACAGUG